AUGGAGAUCGUGAGGAUGGGGAGCUCGGCGGGGGGCGGGAGCGGCGUGCGGCGGACGGCGUCGUCGUGGCGGGGGACGUCCGGGAGGAGCGACGCCUUCGGGCGGUCGGCCAGGGAGGAGGACGACGAGGAGGCGCUGCGCUGGGCGGCCAUCGAGAAGCUCCCCACGUACGACCGCAUGCGCAAGGGCAUCCUGCUCCCGGGCGCCGUCGCCGGCGUCGGCGGCGCCGGGCAGGAGGUGGACAUCCAGGGGCUCGGCCUCAACGAGAGGAAGAACCUCAUCGAGCGCCUCAUACGCACCGCCGAGGAGGACAACGAGCGCUUCCUCCUCAAGCUCCGCGACCGGAUGGAGCGGGUUGGGAUCGAGAACCCGACGAUCGAGGUGCGGUUCCAGAACCUCAACAUCGACGCCGAGGCCUACGUCGGCAACCGGGGAAUCCCGACGUUCAUCAACUUCUUCUCCAACAAAAUCAUGAAUGUGCUGAGUGCUCUGCGCAUCGUGUCAAGCGGGAAGAGGCCCAUCUCUAUCAUCCAUGACAUCAGCGGAAUCGUAAGACCCGGCAGAAUGUCCUUGUUGCUUGGCCCCCCUGGGUCCGGAAAAACUAGUCUACUCCUGGCCCUGGCAGGGAAGCUGGACUCAACUCUCAAGGUGUCAGGGAGAGUGACUUACAACGGGCAUGACAUGCAUGAAUUUGUCCCCCAGAGGACAUCAGCGUACAUCGGGCAGCAUGACCUUCACAUCGGCGAAAUGACGGUGAGGGAGACACUGGCCUUCUCUGCGAGAUGUCAAGGAGUCGGAACCCGUUACGACAUGCUUACUGAACUCUCAAGAAGGGAGAAAGAAGCCAACAUCAAGCCAGAUCCUGACAUUGAUGUCUACAUGAAGGCCAUCUCUGUGGAAGGUCAAGAGAGCGUGAUCACAGAUUACAUCCUCAAAAUUUUGGGUCUGGAAAUCUGUGCAGAUACAAUGGUUGGGGACGGUAUGAUCAGAGGCAUCUCAGGAGGACAAAAGAAGCGUGUCACCACAGGCGAGAUGCUUGUCGGGCCAGCAAAGGCACUGUUUAUGGAUGAAAUCUCCACCGGUUUGGACAGCUCCACAACGUACCAGAUCAUCAACUCCCUCAGGCAAUCUGUCCACAUCCUCGGUGGCACGGCAUUGAUCGCGUUGCUUCAGCCUGCGCCUGAAACAUACGAGCUCUUUCAUGACAUUGUUCUGCUCACCGAGGGGAAAAUCGUGUACCAGGGUCCUCGAGAAAGCGUCCUUGAGUUCUUUGAGGCCGUCGGAUUCAGAUGCCCUGAGAGGAAGGGUGUUGCAGACUUCUUGCAAGAAGUAACAUCUAGGAAGGAUCAGCACCAGUACUGGUGCCGAAGUGACGAGCCAUACCGAUACAUCUCGGUCAACGACUUCACGGAGGCAUUCAAAGCAUUCCAUGUUGGCCGUAAGAUGGGCUCGGAGCUCAGGGUGCCGUUCGAUCGAACCAGGAACCACCCUGCUGCGCUCACGACUUCCAAGUUCGGUAUCAGCAAGAUGGAGCUUCUGAAGGCAUGCGUCUCUAGGGAGUGGCUGCUGAUGAAGAGGAACUCGUUUGUUUACAUCUUUAAAAUAGUUCAGCUCAUAAUCCUUGGGACCAUCGCAAUGACUGUCUUCCUGCGUACGGAGAUGCACCGGGACUCAGUCGAGGAUGGAGUGAUCUACAUGGGCGCGAUGUUCCUCGGCCUGGUCACGCAUUUGUUCAAUGGAUUCGCCGAGCUCGCCAUGAGCAUUGCAAAGCUGCCUAUAUUCUACAAGCAGAGGGACCUGCUCUUCUAUCCAUCAUGGGCGUAUGGAUUGCCUACAUGGCUGCUCAAGAUCCCGAUAUCAUUCCUGGAAUGUGCCGUGUGGAUCUGCAUGACUUACUAUGUCAUUGGCUUCGAUCCAAACAUCGAAAGGUUCUUCCGCCAUUACCUGCUGCUUGUGCUGAUCAGCCAGAUGGCAUCGGGUCUCUUCCGGGUUCUUGCUGCAUUAGGAAGGGAUAUGGUUGUUGCAGACACGUUUGGGUCGUUUGCUCAGCUUGUUCUUCUGGUUCUCGGCGGCUUCUUGAUAGCUAGAGAUAACAUCAAGGCAUGGUGGAUUUGGGGCUACUGGUGCUCCCCUCUGAUGUAUGCCCAGAACGCCAUAGCGGUGAACGAGUUCCUUGGGCAUAGCUGGAGGAUGGUUGUUGAUCCGACAGACAGCAAUGACACGCUAGGCGUACAAGUCUUGAAGUCGCGCGGCAUCUUUGUCGAUCCAAACUGGUACUGGAUCGGUGUUGGUGCCUUACUUGGGUACAUCAUGCUCUUCAAUGUACUCUUCAUUGUGUUCCUCGACUUGCUUGACCCACUUGGAAAGGGCCAAAAUGUUGUUUCUGAAGAGGAACUGAUGGAGAAGCAUGUGAACCGCACCGGAGAAAAUGUAGAGUUGCUGCUUCUUGGAAACGAUUCCCAGAAUUCACCUUCCAACGGAGGAGGAGAAAUCACUGGCGCUGACACCAGGGAGAGGGGAAUGGCACUUCCAUUUACUCCCUUGUCAAUCACCUUUGACAAUAUCAGAUAUUCUGUGGACAUGCCUCAGGAAAUGAAAGACAAAGGUAUUACUGAAGACCGGCUAGUGCUCCUGAAAGGUGUUAGUGGAGCUUUCAGGCCAGGAGUUCUUACAGCAUUGAUGGGCGUCAGCGGGGCGGGAAAGACCACUCUGAUGGAUGUGUUGGCGGGACGGAAAACUGGCGGUUACAUUGAAGGAGACAUCAGCAUCUCUGGAUACCCGAAGAACCAAGACACUUUUGCCCGGAUUGCUGGUUACUGUGAGCAAAAUGAUAUCCAUUCUCCACAUGUCACCGUUUAUGAAUCCCUCGUGUACUCGGCGUGGCUCCGGUUGUCCCCUGAUGUAGACUCAGAAGCAAGACAAAUGUUUGUGGAACAAGUCAUGGAACUCGUCGAGCUGACAUCACUGAGGGGAGCAUUGGUGGGACUGCCAGGAGUGAAUGGUUUAUCCACCGAACAGCGUAAAAGGCUCACCAUUGCUGUUGAGCUUGUUGCCAACCCCUCCAUCAUAUUCAUGGAUGAACCAACUUCUGGACUGGACGCAAGGGCAGCUGCCAUCGUGAUGAGGGCGGUCAGAAACACAGUAGACACAGGAAGAACAGUUGUCUGCACCAUCCACCAGCCCAGCAUCGACAUAUUUGAAGCUUUUGAUGAGCUGUUCCUGAUGAAACGGGGAGGAGAAGAAAUUUAUGUCGGCCCCUUGGGGCACAACUCAUGCCAUCUGAUCGAUUACUUUGAGGGAAUACAAGGUGUGAAGAAAAUCAAGGAUGGAUACAACCCUGCAACCUGGAUGUUAGAAGUGACCACCCUAGCUCAGGAAGAUGCCUUGGGUGUCAACUUUGCCGAAGUAUACAUGAAUUCUGACCUAUACCGGAGGAACAAAGCUUUGAUAAGUGACCUAAGCACACCUCCACGUGGAUCGACGGACCUGUACUUCCCAAAACAGUAUGCACAGUCCUUCUUCACACAAUGCAUUGCUUGCCUGUGGAAGCAGCAUAAGUCCUAUUGGAGAAAUCCAUCAUACACUGCAACUAGAAUAUUCUUCACGACGGUUAUUGCUCUCAUCUUUGGCACCAUCUUUUUGAACCUAGGACAGAAAAUCGGCAAGAGGCAGGACCUGUUCAAUUCUUUGGGUUCCAUGUAUGCAGCAGUUAUUUUCAUUGGAAUUCAGAAUGGCCAAUGCGUUCAACCUAUUGUCGACGUCGAGCGAACAGUUUUUUACCGAGAAAAAGCUGCUGGCAUGUACUCUGCUCUACCCUAUGCUUUUGCACAGGUUUUCAUUGAGAUCCCACAUGUCUUCCUACAGACCAUUAUUUAUGGUCUGAUUGUUUACAGCUUGAUUGGCUUGGACUGGGCAUUUAUCAAAUUCUUUUGGUACAUCUUCUUCAUGUUCUUCACUUUCCUGUACUUCACAUUUUAUGGGAUGAUGGCAGUCGCCAUGACGCCAAACAGCGACAUUGCUGCCAUAGUCGCAACUGCAUUCUAUGCAGUAUGGAAUAUCUUUGCCGGUUUCCUAGUCCCCCGACCAAGGAUACCAAUAUGGUGGAGGUGGUACUCAUGGGCAUGCCCGGUGGCAUGGACACUCUACGGGCUUGUUGCCUCACAAUAUGGAGACAUUGCAGACGUUACGCUGGAGGAUGGGGAACAAGUGAACGCUUUCAUCCACAGAUUCUUUGGAUUCAGGCAUGAUUACGUAGGUUUUAUGGCUGCCGGUGUUGUAGGAUUCACUGUUCUCUUCGCUUUCGUUUUUGCCUUCUCCAUCAAAGUCUUGAACUUCCAAAGAAGAUAG